CCCAGAAUGCCUCUGGGUCGUGCGCUUCGGGUCUGUAGCGAAGGUCGUGCGGGAGACGCGGCCUGAUUUUCCUGCUGCUGAGUUGCGUCUUCGCGGCACCAUGCUGGGUGUCAGUAUUCGCCGCUUCGCUACCUCAGCCCUUCGUCGCGCUCACUACGAGGAAGGGCCCGGGAAGAACAUCCCUUUUUCUGUGGAAAAUAAAUGGCGAUUGUUGAUAUUGAUGUCAGUCUUCUGUGGAAGUGGGUUUGUUGCUCCCUUUAUUAUAGUAAGGCACCAAUUGCUCAAGCAAUAAAUACAGGAUAAUCAGAUGAAGGUGGACAUUAUUAUGCAGUACUUCCUUGCUUGUGGAAGAAAAGAUGCAACUAAAACUAACUUUAUGUGUUCAUAAAUAAAAUCUAUAUAUAAAAAGAA